CAGACGGAAUGGUGGGCGUCCAUCUCCUCAUCAUUGAGGCUUCCACCCGUAUGCCUUCUCAUACUUCAGCUUUGAGUAAUGCUUGUUGGAACGGCGUACAUCUGCCGUCAGACUACUGCAUUUCUACCGGCGGUGGUCUUGGCACAGCCUCGCUUCAGAUGCCGCAAUCGGAUUUGUCGGUGACGUCCAUUGACUCACCUGCUUCAGAAAACUUUACAUAACCAGUCUUCCUAUGAAGCAUUCCUUUCUGUUUUUGUCGUACUCCCAACCCAAUUGAAAAUUUGGGGAAGAGGUGAGAUAUAUAUCACCAUGUCGACGUUCGGCAGUUACUUCCGGGUGACAACCUACGGCGAGUCGCACUGUCGCUCAGUAGGAUGCAUUGUCGACGGAUGUCCGCCUGGGAUGCAACUCACAGAGGAUGAUAUCCAACCACAAAUGACUCGUCGCAGACCUGGUCAGUCCGCUCUCACAACACCGAGAAACGAGAAAGACCGAGUCGAAAUUCAGUCGGGUACGGAGUUUGGUGUGACGCUAGGAACCCCAAUUGGCCUUGUAGUGCGAAACGAAGAUCAGAGACCGAAGGACUACGGCAAUAAGACGAUGGAUCUCUAUCCGAGACCCAGUCACGCAGACUUCACCUACCUUGAAAAGUACGGCGUCAAGGCAAGCAGUGGCGGAGGAAGAAGCAGUGCUCGAGAAACCAUUGGACGGGUAGCAGCAGGUGCAAUCGCUGAGAAGUAUCUCUCACAAGCACACGGCGUCGAGAUUGUCGCAUUCGUGUCUUCCGUUGGCUCAGAACAUCUCUUUCCACCAACACAAGCUCACCCAACUCCUUCUACACAACCAGAGUUCUUGUCCCUCAUCUCAAAAAUCACGAGAGAAGACGUCGACUACUUUGUGCCUGUGCGAUGUCCAGAGGCGAGCGCCACUCAGCGCAUGACCAAGGUGAUUGAGAGGUUCCGUGACGCGAGCGACAGCAUCGGAGGAACAGUCACUUGCGUGAUCCGGAAUUGUCCCAUUGGACUCGGAGAACCCUGCUUCGACAAGCUAGAGGCAGAUCUUGCACAUGCCAUGUUGAGCAUACCAGCUACUAAAGGUUUCGAGAUUGGGUCUGGUUUCGGUGGGUGUGAGGUUCCAGGUUCAAUACAUAACGACCCAUUCAUUAUCGCCGAGGACGGUGUUGUAGGGGAGAAGGGGACCAAGCGCAAAUUGAAGACGAAGACCAAUAACUCGGGAGGGAUUCAAGGUGGUAUCUCGAACGGACAACCCAUUUACUUCAGGGUGGCCUUUAAGCCUCCAGCGACCAUCGGCCAGGCUCAACAAACGGCCACGUUCGAAGGGGAGGAAGGGACCCUGGAGGCCAAGGGCCGUCACGACCCAUGUGUUGUGCCCAGAGCUGUGCCCAUCGUUGAAGCAAUGUCGGCCCUCGUAAUAAUCGACAACCUCAUGGCGCAGACUGCUCGAGAGAGCACUAGAAAUCUCCUGCCGCCUCUACACGCCACUCUGCCGGCUAAUGAGACAGGCACAGAGGCGGAUCCAGCCACGGUGGCCGAGCAUCUAAACGGGGCGAGUAACGGGACAAGCUGAUUCCAUGUGGUGGACUCUGUAAUAUAGAAAAGUUCCGUCGUACUGCUUAGGCUGGGUUUCGCACCACACCACAUAUCCACAAGGCGUUGAGACAGGCGGUCGUCAAAUGAUAUCAUGUAU